AUGAGAAUCUAUGCCCCAGUUGAGGGACUUCACUUCAUAGCUUAAGGUAUAGCGUUCCGGAAGGCUGGUCCGGCCAAGGGACAUGCCGUGGCACUACGGUCAUCCUCGGACCUCUCAGUCUUCUAUAGAUGCUCAAUCGAAGGAUACCAAGACACACUGAUGGUCCAUUCGCAACGCCAGUUUUACCGUGAAUGCUACAUUUACGGAAGUGUCGAUUUUAUCUUCGGAAACGCAGCCGUCGUUUUCCAAAACUGUCUUAUCCUCCCUCGUCGGCCACUCAAAGGUCAAGCCAAUGUGAUAAUCGCACAAGGUCGUACUGAUCUAAUUCAAAACAAAGGGAUCUCUAUCCAUAACUCAAUAAUCAUACCGGCUCCUGAUCUAAAACCGGUGGUCCGUAGCGUUAAAACGUAUAUGGGCCGACCUUGGAUGAAGUACUCGCGCACUGUGGUUCUUAAGACGUAUAUAGAUAGUGUUGUGAGUGCGGUCGGGUGGUCUUCGUGGACUAAAGGUUCGACAUAUGGUCUCAACACGCUGUUCUAUGCAAAAUAUAAGAAUAUCGGACCGGCUUCAUCCACGAGGUGGCGAGUCCGUUGGAAAGGGUUUCAUGUCUUGAGUAAAGCCUCUGAUGUAUCUGCUUUCACUGUUGGAAAAUUCAUAGCUGGUACUGCGUGGCUCCCAAGCACUGGCAUACCCUUCACUUUAGAACUCUAGAGGCCGUCUUUGGUUUUUCAUGCUUUAACUACAACGAUGUCAAAUUUCAUAACAUAUAAUUCAUUAUUACAAAUCAUUUCCUAUUUCACUCUCAUUUGACUGAAAGUGGAGAGGCGUGUAGAAAAGACUCGAAACGGUUGGAAAAUGAACUGUUAAAGGUUAAAGCAUAGUUUGAAGUGAACGUGGCUAAUUAAGAUAAAUUGUCAUAAAGUUAUAGAAGAGUAUUAUGCAUGUGUCAAAGAGAGUGAGGGAAAUAUUUUCAAUAAGAGAAGCUUGAAGGAAAAAAAAAAGGAUCA